UCCACCCCGCCGAACGCGAGGCUCCCGCCUAUAAAUAUUUGCGUAUUCAAAUAAGGCCCCGCCCUCGUUGCCAUGGCGCCGAGGCCGCAACCCCGCGGCCGGAGGAACAGCCGGGAGUAGGAGGCGGCGGAGGGCGGCCAGGGCCGAGCCCCCAGGGCCGGACACCUGGGCCGAGCCCUCAGGGGUUGGGGCUCAGACCAGCCUGAUACUUGGGACUCUCGGGCACAGAGGAAACGAAGCCUUGCUGUACGGUCACCUUCCAGGCCAGGCCACUGAGGCACGGGAACCGGCGCUGCUGCCCCAUUCCAGCACUCCCCCCACCACCUCCGUCAACGGCCAGCCACGGCAGCUGGUACUGGGGCAGCUCUAGACAGGAUGGAGAGGACGCGUCUUCCAUGUCCGCACGAGGUCAGCAGAUAAAAGCCAGGACGUUCUAAGUGGCUAUAUGUGCAUCCACCUGUUCACGGCUUCCUUCUGCAGAUAUUUUAGCGCCCUCUCCUGCAACUGUGGUCAGCAAAGAAGCACCCAGCUCUGGGGCGAGGCAGGCCCUCAACCCAACGCGUAGUUCCCCUGGGCACAGUGACCCAGCCAGGAAGCCACCCUGACUCUCGCAGGUACUGCCUGAGGCUCAUGCCGCCUCCUUGCCCGGAUGUUUGACCCACAGCAGAAGAAGGUGGCUGCCUGCAGGUUUCACGGGAAUGGACCCAGUCUGGGACAGAUCCCGUGGGUCUCGGCCCAGCACCGCCAGCAUCCGGGUGCGGGAGCUGAGCUGGCAAGGCCUGCACAACCCCUGCCCACAGAGCAAGGGCCCUGGCGGCCAGCAGGGCAGCCGCAGAGAGCAGCGGGUAGAAGAGUACCUGUCCCCUGCCCGGCUGCAGGCCCUGGCCCUGGUGGAUGACCUUCGGCUGGUGAGGGCGCUGGAGGUGUGUGUGGACACCCGCGAGGGCAGCCUGGGGAACUUUGGGGUGCACCUGCCCAACCUGGACCAGCUGAAGCUGAAUGGCAGCCACCUGGGCUCCCUCAGGGACCUGGGCACAUCUCUGGGCCACCUGCGGGUGCUGUGGCUGGCUCGCUGUGGCCUCACUGACCUGGAUGGCAUCGCCGCUUUGCCAGUGCUGAAGGAACUCUAUGCAUCCUACAACAACAUCUCGGACCUGAGCCCGCUGUGCCUGCUGGGGCAACUGGAGCUGCUGGACUUGGAGGGCAACAGCGUGGAGGACCUGGGGCAGGUGCGCUUCCUGCAGCUGUGCCCUCGCCUGGCCACACUCACCCUGGAGGGCAACCUGGUGUGCCUGCAGCCAGUCCCCGGCCCCGCCAACAAGGUGCCCAGGGGGUACAACUACAGAGCAGAAGUGAGGAAGCUCAUCCCCCAGCUUCAGGUCCUGGACGAAGUUCCGGCCGCACACACAGGCCCACUGUCCCCCCUGCGGCUGAGCCAGGACUGGCUUGCGGUGAAGGAAGCCAUCAAGAAGGGCAACAGCCUCCCCCGGCUGGACUGUCCCCACGGAGGCCCCAUCCGGAGACUUGACCCUGAGCUGUCCCUGCCUGAGACGUGGCCCCGAACCUCCAGGCCCUGGCCCUUUCCGCUGCUGGUCCCUGGGGGCCCCCCGCCUGACGGCCUGCUUUCUGAGGACCUGGCCCCAGAAGAUAACACCAGCAGCCUCACCCAUGGUGCUGGCCAAGUCCUGUGUGGGAACCCCACCAAAGCCCUGUGGGAGCGUAGGCACCAGUGCCAGGGCAGGGAGCCCCCGGAGCAGCUGUCCCAGCACAGGCCAGGAGAUCUGGCCACCAGCACUUCCAGCCCAGAGCUUGACCCUGCAGACAGCUCUGACUUCCCGGCCUUGGCCGGGCUUAGGCCCUGGAGGGAGCUUGGCAUGGGGCACCUGGAGUCCCAACAGGAAGGGCCUGUAGCCCCCGGGAGCCGACGGAGGGCCCCUGAAGAGCAAGUGUACCAGGCAGAGCCCAAGACUCCCCCCAGCCCCCCGAGCCUGGCCCCAGAGCCCCUCAGGAACUUGCGAUGUCAACUGGCCCCUUCCCCUCCCAAGCACCCGAUGCCACCAGCUUCUGGCAGCAGCUCCCCCAGGUGGCCCACAGACCUGCAGUUCAGGGGGCGUCGGCUCCGAGCCCUGGGCAGCUGGGGGCCCGGCCUGGGUGAUGGGGCCGCCGUAAUGGCCUCAGACCUAAGCCCUGGAACCCAGGGACGUCCUGGCCCAAAGCCAGCACCAGAGGCAUCAGCCAGACCCCCCAGGGCAGCCGAACUCUCCCACCCCACCCCCUUGCCCCACUUACUGUAGCCCCCACUGCCAAGCUUGCUUGUGCUGGGGCCACGACCUGCCCACAUAUGUGGUCACCGGAGCACUGGGUGGACUUGUCCUCAUGGAGUACAGAAUGUUUGGGCGGGUGCGUUGGCGGGUGGAGGGAAUGCCGGGCCCUGGGGAGGACCCUCUUGGUGGAGGGGAAUGGGGGAUGGGUUUGAACCCAGUUUAGGGCCCCUACAGGGUUUGGCGUGGGAAGGGAGGGUCCCGAUCCAGCCCUUCCUUCGGGCCAGCCUUUCCCGUGGUCAUGGGGUUGGGGGGGUGGUCACAGGGGCAGGCCUGUCAGAGGCCGCUCCUGCUAGAGUUGGGUGUGGCCGAAGGGGCUGCGAGUCCACCUCUCACCUCCCCCCCACAGCGGCCGGCCCCAGAGUAAGAGCCACCUCCUAGGCCUCUGUGGCCCAGAGUCCCAGGGUCCCAGCUGCCCGCCCUCGGCCUCCCGUCCCCGGGGGAUCUGCAGGGCUCCCGCGCCGCGACAGGGCGGCAGUUCCCUCCUCCUGGGGCAGGAUGCCCCGGAAACCAAGUGAAUCGUUUUUGACUCUCAGGUGUACAGAAAUGCGGUUUACUUUGUAGGCAACGUUGGUUCAUUAAAUGACGCAGCG